AUGGGCCGACCACGUCCUUCAAUUUCAAAAAUCAAACAAUGAAAUCCAGGAAAGGUGCUUUUUAAAUCAAGGCACAUUAAAUCAAAAGACAAAUUCUUUAUAAAAUAUAAGAAACCCAUUAAACGUCAAAACAGUUCAAAAAAAAACAGAAUCGACUCGGUGAAGCCUGCAAUAAUAAUUAAAUCAGCAAAUAGUAAUCCAUGUCUCCAAAAUAACGGUAAUCUUGUAUUCUCUUACUGGUUUAGCAUUGUUAAGAUAGAUCUAAAAACCAUGGAAACUACUCACAAAAAUUUCCCUCAACAUCCAGAGCUCAACAAAAGUAUAUAGCUCAUGCACCUUAAUAGAUCUCUAUACCCCAGCAGAAUGCCGUCCAGAAAAAAAUAUGGUACAGGGCACCUUCCUUAUGCAGUAUAAGUCUGAUUAGGCACCUCAAAGCCAUAAACGGAGAUUUUGCCAAUUUCAUUUUUACUUUUAAAAUAAAGCUGGCAAGCACAAAUUAAUUUUGGAAAUUAAAAAUGGAUAGCAAAUAAUGAUCUAAAAUAUUUCAGGCGCUAUAUCUAUAUGUGCAAUUCCCAAUAAUAAUUUUUUUUGCAUUGAUUUCGGGAAUAGCUCGACAUUUAUCAUUGACAAAAGCCUCGAAAUUUCAGAAGCCAAACGUAUCGAGCCAAGAAAAUACGGUAGUAUGAUAUAGAAAUUGCCCGAUGAUGGCGCUCAAUGCGCCAUCAUCGGGCAACGUCUUUUCAGGGUCCACACUGGAAAAGGGUUCCACGUGUGGGAACCCUUUUUAACACGUGGAGAAUCCUCACUUUCACGCGCGUCAAAAAGGAUUCCACACGUGGAACCCAUUUUCCCGUGUGGACCCUUAAAAAACGUUGCCCGAUGAUGGCUCAUUGAGCGCCAUCACCGGGCAAUCAGUAUAUAUCUUGAUGGGCUAAUUUAUUUAUUCGCGAUCAAGCCUGGUCUAAGGACAAUAGAAACAUAUGAUUUAAAUAGAAAUAGAUGAAAACAAGCUGCAUCUAUUAAAAUACGUGAUCCAUAUUAUGAUUCGAUUUUAGCAGCUUUCGAAGGAAAAAUUAUAAUUGCUCCACAUGGCAGCAGUAGUGUGAAGGCUUUUGACCCUUUUUGUAACAGCGCAUCAAAGAUAUUAAAGCUCAAACCAAAUUACGGAACAUUUCUUUUGGCUGCGAAUGAUAAAUUGUAUUGCAUUCAAUCUGAAGGGUAUGCUUAUGAGAGUUUGCCAAGAGACUGCACACAAUGGAUGUGCAUCAGCAAAACUCUUAUUGCAAGAAUUUAUGGGCUGCCUAUGUAUUCAUUGUAUAAUGAUUCAAUUUAUUUUGUAGGUGUUCCACAUUGCAUAUCAUUGUAUGAGUUUAAUUUGAAAACCCGGAGCAUGACAUUUAUUGAUCACUUAUAUUAA